AUGGCAGGAGACCACCACCAUGUCCUCUUCGACCCCGCCAUCGACCGGUGGGCGGCGAUGCGCGAGAACGUGUACCAGCACUUCAAGUUCUCGCGCCCUAUCACGUACAAGGUUGUGCGGUGGGGCCUUCUCUUCCCUGCCUUCAUCGCGGCCGUCUCGAUCACCUACGACAACAAGUUCGACUGGGCCGGCAAGCGCCGCGAGGACUCCCUGAUGGCCCAGCCACCAACGAAGGAGCAGGCCGAAGAGUAG